CCUGCAGAGUGAUGAACACUUAUGAAGAAUAUAGUGAAGAGGAGCUCAAUGACUACAUCCAGCUGAGUAUCCAAGACUCCUGCCAGGAUGCCUUUUUAAAAUCUGCAGCCAGUCUAGCAGCAGUGACAGAUGAAAAUCUGAGAGUCCUGGCUGCCAUUGAGCAAGGUGAGGUGUCAGUGCUCAGGGAGAUGCUGAGACAUACCUUCGCCUUCAGGGAGGUGGACAGUCGGGGCUGGCUUCCCCUCCACCGAGCGGCAUCGCAGCCGGUGUUAGAGGUUCUGGAGACUGUCUUGAGAUCAGCUCAGGAGCUCAGCCUGGAGGAGAGGACAGCUGUGGGCGGAGAGACACCGCUGACACUGGCAGUUAAAGCCGAAAUGGCACCGAACGUGAAGACCCUGCUGGAGCGCGGGGCCUCGCCGCAUAACACCAACAGCAAGAAUGAGUCACCGCUGCUGCUGGCCGUGAGGGUCGGCUCUUGCGAGAUGACAUCUACUCUGGUGGCUCACGGCGCGUGGGUAGAGCAGGUUUGUCGAAAGCGGUGGACAGCAAUGCACGAGGCGGCCAAAGUCGGCAACGUGGACAUCCUCAUGCUGCUGCUGAGGAACGGUGGGCGAGUGAACCAGAAGGAUGUGACGGGGGUGACGCCGCUCGCUGUGGCUGCAGAGCACGGACACUUCCACAUCACUGAGAUUCUGCUGAACUGUGGUAGCAGAGUGAACUCUCAGGCCUUGAACGGGGAAAGUGUCCUCCUGGACGCAGCCGGGUCGGGAAACACAGCGUGCAUUCAGCUGCUGCUGGACAACGGGGCCGACCCCAACCUGCCCAGCAUCACCGGACACCUGGCCAUCCACAAGGCGGCUUAUGCCGGACACUAUGAUGCCCUGAAGAUGCUGAUACCUCUGACCACAAGAAAAGCCAUUAAAGAAGCCGGUCAGAGUCCAGUCCACUCGGCAGCAGACGGAGGACAGACGCGCUGCCUGCAGCUCCUGCUGGCCCACGGCUUCGACGUCAACUACCGCAUGAACACCAGAAACUCGGAAAACUACCGGGACAUGAGGAGGAGCGCUUUGUAUUUCGCUGUCUCCAAUGGCGACGUGGACUGCACCAGGAUCCUGCUGUCAGCCGGAGCAAAGACGGACCUGGAUCCAUUGUCCUGCCUCUUAGUGGCCGUCCGGUCCGGCCGCUACGAGAUCGUGAAGCUGCUGCUGGCGGCCAAAGCAGACGUGAACUGCUACUUCACGGUGGUGAGCGACACGGUGUUUCCCACAGCGUUGCAGUACUGUCUGAAGGACGAGGUGAUGAUGAGGCUGCUGCUCAACAACGGCUACAGGGUGGACAGGUGCUUUCACUGUCACCAUGACAGCGGUUUUGAUGCCAUCGAUGACGUGGAGGGGAAAAUCCCUUUCUGCGAGUUCAUGAGUCUCUGCUGCCUCAUGCAUCUGUCCGGGAGCGCGGUGCAGAUUCUGCUGGACUAUGUCAGCCAUGUCAACAUUUGCUCCAAACUCAGACGCAUCCUGGAGAGACAGAGAGAGUGGCCAGACAUUUGUGAAAUCCUCAACAGUCCUCGCUCCCUCAAGCAUCUCUGCAGACUGGAGGUCAGGAGGUGUUUGACCCUGAAGAGACUCAGUAAUCCUGAAAUCAUGAACUCGCAUGUUUUUCCUCCGGGACUGAAGAGCUUCAUAAUGUACAAGGAACUGGAUCUCUACAGCCAGGCCCAUGAAUGCAUCGUGUAAAGAUCUCGUCUUUUGAACUUUUUCCAGAAUAAUUUCCAAUAUCUGGAAGUUUACAAUUCACCGCAUGUUAAAAUACUGCUUUAUCAAAUUAAAAAACAAAAGGUG